AGGAGGAGGAGUUGCGAGAAGGAGGAAAACCCGCCUGGUCGGCUCCACACUUUGCCUAGAUGCGUUUGGGUGUGGUGGGGAGGGGGUGACGGCCUCAUUUACAGACAGAGGCCGGGGCUGGCUUCUAGGCGACCGGGUUGGCCACUUUCACUGCGCUUCUGGGUUUGCUGGGAUCCAAGUUGACGCGACUUUUCCAGGAGUAGCUGGAAGACCUGAAUAGAAACUUUAGGGGUCCCAGGACUGGCGGGGCUUAGAGUGACUUCCCGCCCCGCUUGCCCUUCCAGGGAACGGCCUGGCUAGGGGUGCGCUUUGACGCAAGGAGCGCAUCGCUCUGGCUUGGCCGGGACCAGAGCUUGGGGGAGGCCUCCUUGUCCACUGCGAAGACUUUGGGGAAGGCGACGGCCAGGGGACGGACAUCUGGGGGAGGGCUGGGGGUCUGAAUGGCAGGAGCUGCACCGGGGGGCUGUGCGCGCUGCGCGGGUGUGCGCGCCUCGCCGGGGGCUGUCUCCACCUCUUCUGGCGAGUUGGACCUAUGAGUGCGCAGCUCCGCUUACAACUAUCAACAGCCGGGAAGGCUGAGCGCGUGUGAGCGCCGAGGGGGGCGCAGGACCCUCGCAACUUCUUCGCAGGACUCCAGCCUGGCCGCAGGCGCCCGCAGCCGUCCGAGAGCCCUGCGCCCGCGCCUCCCCUUGCGCACCGUGGCAGCGCCCGGCGGGCGGUCCUGCCAGCCCCGACGGGAUGCCCGCAGCCAUGCUCCCCUACGCUUGCGUCCUGGUGCUUUUGGGAGCUCACACCGCACCGGCAGCUGGGGAGGCCGGGGGCAGCCGCCUGCACUGGGAACCCCACUGCCAGCAGCCUUUGCCAGAUAGAGUGCCCAGCACUGCGAUCCUGCCCCCACGCCUUAAUGGACCUUGGAUCUCCACGGGCUGCGAGGUGCGCCCAGGACCGGAGUUCCUGACCCGCGCCUACACCUUCUACCCCAGCCGGCUCUUUCGAGCCCACCAGUUCUACUACGAGGACCCCUUCUGCGGGGAACCUGCCCACUCGCUGCUCGUCAAGGGCAAAGUCCGCCUGCGCCGGGCAUCCUGGGUCACCCGGGGAGCCACCGAGGCCGACUACCACCUGCACAAGGUGGGCAUCGUCUUCCACAGCCGCCGGGCCCUGGUCGACGUCACCGGGCGCCUCAACCAGACCCGCGCCGGCCGGGACUGCGCGCGGCGGCUGCCUCCGGCCCGGGCCUGGCUGCCUGGGGCGCUGUACGAGCUGCGGAGCGCCCGGGCUCAGGGGGACUGCCUGGAGGCGCUGGGCCUCACCAUGCACGAGCUCAGCCUGGUCCGCGUGCAGCGCCGCCUGCAGCCGCAGCCCCGGGCGUCGCCCCGGCUGGUGGAGGAGCUGUACCUGGGGGACAUCCACACCGACCCGGCCGAGAGGCGGCACUACCGGCCCACCGGCUACCAGCGCCCGCUGCAGAGCGCACUGCACCACGUGCAGCCGUGCCCAGCCUGUGGCCUCAUUGCCCGCUCCGAUGUGCACCACCCGCCCGUGCUGCCGCCCCCUCUGGCCCUGCCCCUGCACCUGGGCGGCUGGUGGGUCAGCUCGGGGUGCGAGGUGCGCCCAGCAGUCCUGUUCCUCACCCGGCUCUUCACUUUCCACGGGCACAGCCGCUCCUGGGAAGGGUAUUACCACCACUUCUCAGACCCAGCCUGCCGGCAGCCCACCUUCACCGUGUAUGCCGCCGGCCGCUACACCAGGGGCACGCCAUCCACCAGGGUCCGCGGCGGCACUGAGCUGGUGUUUGAGGUCACACGGGCCCAUGUGACCCCCAUGGACCAGGUCACCACGGCCAUGCUCAACUUCUCUGAGCCAAGCAGCUGUGGGGGUGCGGGGGCCUGGUCCAUGGGCACUGAGCGGGAUGUCACAGCCACCAAUGGCUGCCUACCGCUGGGCAUCCGGCUCCCGCACGUGGAGUACGAGCUUUUCAAGAUGGAACAAGACCCCCUCGGGCAAAGCCUGCUCUUCAUCGGACAAAGGCCCACCGAUGGGUCAAGUCCCGAUACCCCAGAGAAACGUCCCACCUCCUACCAGGCACCCCUGGUGCUCUGUCAUGGGGAGGCCCCUGACUUCUCCAGGCCACCACAGCACAGGCCAUCACUGCAGAAGCACCCCAGCACAGGGGGUCUUCGCAUAGCCCCCUUCCCACUUCUGCCCCUAGUUCUAGGGCUGGCCUUCCUCCACUGGCUAUGACAUUGGACUUGACAUCAGGAUGGCGGCUCUGGACACCCAUUCAACCCUUCAGACUCCCUCCUGGCAGCUGUAGGGAAGGAACCAUUCUCCUCUGCUCUGUCAUGGAUGGACGCACAGCCCCACUGCUUCCAAACUCUGCCUGUGUCCCAUGUGGCUCAGGACAUGAGCUUAACACCUGCAAAGCCUAUACCACAUCCCACAGCCCGGGUCCCCAGUCAAGCACUUGGAUGCGGCAGUGAUGUUCAUUGCUAUGUAAGUUUCUAAAGAUCACUCCCAAUUUUUCUACUUUCCUCAUCCUUGGCAGCUCGCCAACAGGUGCAGUCAGGGGGCCACACGGAACACCCCCAUCCCAUGCUCCCCCCAGUUCUUCCCAUCCUGACCCUUGGGAUUCCAAGAUGGGAGCAAGAGGAGACCCUGAGGCUCUGCCUAGGGACGAGGCCUAUAGUUCUGCCAUGUCUGUAGGUUGUUGUUUAAAGAUUAUUAAUUCGAAUUUAGCAAUACGAUCUCUAAGUGGUGCCAUGAAUUAAAGAUGCCACUUCGGGCUUUCAGUGCUUCUCAGCUUUUGGGCAAAGGGCUUGUGUCUUCAGGGGCAGCUCAGCUUUCCUGAGUCCCGACUGCUGGCAUUCGUCUGCAUUUGCCUGUGCUUCUGCAAGUCGGACCUCAAGCUGCCAACGCUGCGUGUGGAUAAAUCCAGUUUUCCCGGGCCAGCAUGCAAAAUGAAGAGGACUCCAUCUAAGCUGAGAAGCGUGGCCUCCCCAGAGCAGCCUGCGGCCUCCAAGCCUCCCUGGCCCAGGCAAAUGCCAGUGUGCACCAGGCUGGCUGCUGGGGGCAGGUCUUUGGAGGGGAGCAGCAUUUCCAGCCUUCUGAACGUAGUUAAUAGUAAUGACAGCCGUAACACUAACGUGCUCUGCAAUUCGCCCUGCCCAGCCAUCCUCGGUUGCCAAGAUUGCCUGUGCUUGCCUGACAAAGGAAGAGAAUCUCCGAAUGUGUAUCUUUGGGCCCACCCUAGGGAGAGGUCGGGGUCACCAGGCUACAUGGCGACAUCUGGGCAGCUCCGCCUUGCCCAGCCUCCUUGCCAUAAUCCUAAUAUAUUGGUGUCCUCUGCUCAGAGGGGACUGUCAUCAUGGUGGGAACAGGCUGUGCCUCCCCAGGGACUCUGCCCAUGUUCCCAGGGCCUCAUCUGUACACUGUGAAAUUAACUGGCAUCCUGGUGGGCUCAAGGGUUUUCAGGAGUGGGGGCCAAUGACUCACCCCCUCCUUCCUCCUCCUGAUCCCUAUCUCUAGCUCUUAUCACAGAUUUUGAACAAUUGUCUGUGAGGUUAGUGAUGGUUUCAGAGGGAAGCCCUUUUCCUCCCUGAGACUGUGUGGGGUUCAGUCAGCCUGCUGAAAUUGCUUCCACUUAUUACCCAUCCUUCCUCUUAAAAAAAAAAAAAGCCCACCAAGUUAGUAUUCUCUGUAGCUCUCAGACAGCUACGAGUGUUCCUGGCAUAUUUACCAAAGUACAAGAAAUCAUUACAUUAUUUACGGUCUCAGACUACAUCAGGGUGGGGGGAGCUCCUGGUGGGGAUGGCAGUGGGUGUCGAUGAUAUGUCCACGGCUGAGCAGGUCUUGUAUCCGAAGCUUGAAGUAACCAUGCCACCAUUUAUCAUCAAAUUUGAACCUUUUAAUAAAAUUAAACAGCCUGAAAAA